CCAAACACUCACAUUUCACUCUUUUUAGAUUCCAAGAAGAAGAGCUCAACAAUCAACAAUGGCUACUCUCGUUGUGCCCGAAAACAACCCUUCUCCUGUUGAAGAUGCAGAGAUUCUCAGGAAGGCUUGCAAAGGAUGGGGGACGGAUGAGAAAGCCAUUAUUUCAGUACUCGGGCACAGAAAUGCAUUUCAGCGGAAGCAAAUCAGGCAAACUUAUGAGGAGCUUUAUCAAGAGGAUCUCAUCAAGCAGCUUGAGUCUGAGCUUUCUGGGGAUUUUGAGAAAGCAAUAUAUCGUUGGAUAUUGGAUCCUGCUGAUAGAGAUGCAGUUUUAGCUAAUGUGGCAUUGAAGAAUGCAAAACCUAAUUACCGGGUGAUCGUCGAAAUUUCAUGUGUUCACUCUCCUAAUGAACUUUUGGAGGUGAAAAGGGCAUACCAUUCCCGAUACAAGCAUUCCCUGGAAGAAGAUGUUGCUUCCCAUACCAAAGGAGACUUACGCAAGCUUUUGUUUGCUCUUGUGGGCACUUAUAAGUAUGAUGGCAAUGAGAUAGAUUCACGCUUAGCAGCCUCAGAGGCCAAAAUUCUUCAUGAAAUGAUCCGAGGGAAAUCAUUCGGUCAUGAAGAUGUGAUUAGAAUCAUGGGCACAAGGAGUAGGGCACAGCUCAUUGCAACUUUCAAUUGCUUCAAGGACCAGCAGAGCACUUCCAUCACCAAGAGCAUUGUGGGGGAUCCGGAUGAUGCAUUCUUAGAGGCAUUGCGUGUAGCUACCCGAUGUAUCUAUGCUCCUCAAAAGUACUUUGGAAAGGUUUUACAGAAUGCCAUUAAUAAGGUGGGGACUGAUGAAGAUGCUCUCACUCGUGUGAUUGUCACACGUGCUGAGAAGGACUUGAAGGACAUCAAGGAGAUGUAUCACAAGAGAAGCACUGUAACUCUUGAUCAUGCAGUAGCCAAGGAAACUUCAGGGGACUACCAGGCUUUCCUCCUUACUUUACUUGGAAGUGAAGGGCACUAGCUCUGUUCUUCUUGAUGGGUAAAGAGACUAUUAUCCAUCUGAACUCAGCAGAUAUUAGGUCUUUGUUUAAUGUAUGGAAUGCAAACUCUAGUUUACUGCUUAUUAAGGGACAGACUGCUUCUGCUUUCUAAGCCUUAACUGGUUAUGUGCAUUGAACUUGAAUUGUGUCAA